AUGUGUGAUUAUCAAAGUGGAUUUAUUUAUCAUUAUCAAAAUAUUACUGAUAUUCCUACAAAAAUUGAUAUAAUUAUUAUUAUAUUUUCAUGUUAUAUAAUAUUGAUUAAUCAAUUUAUAUUAUUUUUAUUAUUUCAAGCUUAUUUAUUAUCAUCAUCACAAUUUGUAAAUAUUUUAAUUAUGAUUCAAAUAAUAUUUGAUACAUUUGUUUGUAUUUCACAAAUUAGUAAUAAAUUUUGUCCAUUUUUUUUAAUUACAUCAGAAAUGUGGAUCAAUAUAUUAGGUUGUUAUAUAUGGACAAGUGAAUUUUUAAAUAAUUUAUUUAAUACAUUUACUAGACAAACAAUUAUUACAAUGAUUAUUGAACAUUAUUUAUCGAUUUAUAUACCAAAUUUAAAUUUAUUAAAUUAUCCUAAAUUAUUAGGUGGUAUUUAUUGUUUAUUAGUAGUAUAUAAUAUAAUUUCUAAUUUAUAUUUAAUUCUUUUAGUUAAAUUAGAUCAAACUGGUCAAUGCAUAAUUAUUUCAAAAAUGUUAAUCAAUAAUAGUGAUCGAUUAGAAUUAAUUAUUUUCAAUUAUAUUUCAUUGAUACUUGGUGAUAUUAUACCAUUCAUAGUGAUAACUAUUAUCAUUAUAUUAAUAAUAUUACAUCAUUAUAAAAUUAAACUGAUUACAAAAGAUGAAAAUCAAAUGAAACCAUUACAAAAUUAUUUAACAUUAUUAUUAAUUAUUUGGUGUUUACCAGAAAUUUUAAUUACAUUAUGUGAUAUAUGUCAACAUGUAUGUGAAACAUAUAUAGAAUAUGAAAUGAUAUGUGAUAUAACACAUCAUUGUUUAGAAUUAUUACGUUCAAUUACAUUUAUAUUACAUUCAAUGAGUUUAUUUAUUUUUUUAAAACCAAUAAGAAUUGAAGCUUUAAAAACAUCCAAAAAUAUUUUAAAAUUUUUAAAAAAAAUAUUUUCAUUUUUCUAA